AUGAUCAUUCCCAAAGAGAAUAGGCGAAUCAUCUACGAGAACCUCUUCAAGGAGGGUGUUCUCGUCGCCAAAAAAGAUUUCAACGCCCCCAAGCACGAGGAGCUCGAUGUUCCCAACCUUCAGGUCAUCAAGGCUCUCCAGAGCUUGACCUCCAAGGGCUAUGUCAAGACUCAGUUCUCUUGGCAAUGGUACUACUACGUCCUCACCCCCGAGGGCGUUGAAUUCCUCCGCGAGUGGCUCCACCUCCCCGCCGAAAUUGUUCCUGCCACACACAAAAAGGCCGUCCGCCCCCCUCGCCCUGCCACCGUCCGCCCUGGUGCUGGUGGAGAGGGUGCCUACCGUGCCCCCCGUGGAGACCGUGAUGGAUACCGAAGCAAGAAGGAGGAGGGUGCCCCUGGCGAGUUCAGGCCUUCGUUUGCCGGUGGUGUUGGACGUGGUGGCCCCAGGGAGUAA